AAAGGACCGUCAGGGGAAAGGAGCAAUGAACCGGCUGUGAAGCAUAUCUUCAAGCAAGAUGGUCCAGACUUCAAGUUCCUACUUCGCUUGUUCCACAAUGGAACCAUAACUGAUGAACAACCCGCCGCUGUGAGAGCCAUGCAUGAGCGAUUCAAGAAGUACUCCACAAACCAGCUUCGCUCUCAGUUCACCAAAGCCAGGUGUAAGGCAAUGGCUGCUGGUUGUUGUCUCGGGGACCCACAACCACCACAAGAUGAUGAUGAUGGACCACUACCCAUUCUUCCCAGCUUUGUUCCUCGCAACCAAGUCCCUGUCGUGGCAGCCAGGCAUCCUGCAGUUGCGCAGCUUCCUUCCAUUGCUGAUAAUGAGGAUGAGGAUGAUGUUGCUGAUGAGGAUGGCCCCACUACUUUGAAGCCGAAGAGGAUGGUCAAGGAAUGGAAGAAUGAGCAUGGAAUUCACCAUGUCACUAUUAUUGUCUGGCUGAGCAUUGGCGCGACUGAAGCCGAAAUUGAAACCAUGGUCUCUGACAAUGGCAAGAAGCUAACUAUCAGUGAGAAGUGGCACCAGGACCUCUUGGAUAUUGGGGAGUUCUAUUAUCUCUAUCAACAAAACACAAAGGAGAGAACCUGGAGGAUACCAAUGUGA